CUGCGAUCGGAUACACAACUAAAAAUGUUUUAGUACAUCAUAUAUUUUGUCGGAUAGCAACAUAUCCGCGCUCUUGUCAAAUUGAAGCGAGUCGCCGCUGAUUCCUUUUUAGAUCGAAAAUUCCUAAUUAAAGGAAUCUCUCCUAGCAACAUAAUACAAGAUCCAGCGAAGACUCCACAAUGCCGGAACUGACUGAGCUGGACAAAGCCACCGCCUCCAUGACGGAGAAGCGCAAGGAGGAGACCGCGUCCUCGGACAGCGACUCUGAUGAUACUAUUCCUGAAUUGGAAGAUGCUGGUGCACCAGGCACCGGAGGUAUCUCCAACCCCAUUGCUGGCAUCGACAUCGUGUCCAAGGCUAAGCAGUCGCGCGGAGAGAAGAAGGCGCGCAAGAUCAUGAGUAAACUCGGUCUUAAGCCUGUGCAAGGCGUAAACAGAGUGACAAUCAGGAAGUCCAAGAACAUUCUCUUCGUGAUCAACUCCCCGGACGUAUACAAGAACCCCCACUCGGACACGUACAUCGUGUUCGGAGAGGCCAAGAUUGAGGAUCUGUCGCAGCAAGCCACCAUGGCUGCUGCUGAGAGGUUCAAGGCUCCGGAGAGUGCUGCUGCUGGCAAUGAUGCGGCUGCUGCGGGCACGACCGUAGCUCCCAUAGCCGAGGAAGAAGACGAGGAAGGUGUGGAUGAGACGGGAGUGGACGAGAAGGAUGUGGAAAUAGUAAUGUCACAGGCCAACGUGUCGAGGGCACGAGCGGUCAGAGCCCUCAGGAACAACCAGUCGGAUAUCGUCAAUGCUAUUAUGGAGCUGACGAUGUAGUUCCUGCUUUCUUAGUCAAGAGUAUGUUAACUGUUCCUAGCUUUAAGUCUCCGAAAACAGCGGGCGGGUGUCUCGCGUCCCGCUGACUCACACAAAUUGGAUCCAAAGGCUGCAUUGUCGGCUCAUAGCAUUGUUUUUUACGGUACGGGAAUGUAUAUAGGCUUAUUUACUUCAAUACAAUAAAAUUAUCGUAAUACUA